AUGUUGUAUUUAUUUUUUAAAAUCAUUUUAAUGACUAAAUUGGUACAUAUGUGCACUUGUAACGAGACCAGAACAUAUAGUAGAAAUGAAAAUUUUAUGAAUAAUAUAGAAGAUACGUCACUGGCUGAAGAUGCUUUAUUGGAUACUUUCACAAUCGUCCGCAAGUAUGGUUAUCCCUGCGAAAUACAUAGAGUAUAUACCGAAGAUAAUUAUAUUUUGGAGGUGCAUAGAAUACCCUAUGGCAAAAACAAUGUCAGUAGAGGAGACAGACCAGUUGUGUUAUUACAGCAUGGUCUCUUAUCUUCGUCGGCUGAAUGGGUGAUUAUGACUCCUGGGAAAGGCUUAGCGUACGUGUUAGCAGAAGCCGGUUACGACGUGUGGAUGGGGAAUGCCAGAGGAAAUACGUAUUCAAGAGGUCACAUUUCCCUAAAACCUUCAUCAUCAGCCUUUUGGAAAUUUAGCUGGCAUGAGAUCGGUUUUUACGAUGUACCCGCCAUCAUAGAUUACGUUUUAAAAGAGACUGGAGUUCCCAAAAUACAGUAUGUAGGUUUCUCUCAGGGAACAACAGCUUUUUGGGUAAUGAUGUCUACAAGACCGGAGUAUAACGAGAAAGUAUCAGCAAUGCAAGCGCUUGCACCCGUGGCAUUUGUUGGUAAUAUUAAGAGUCCGCUGGUCAGAGCCCUAGCGCCUUUUACAAAUUCUCUAGAAACAAUUUUGGGUUUAAUCGGAGCAAAUGAAUUACUAGCAAAUGGAGUUAUAAACGAUAUAGCUGGAAAAACCUUAUGCCACGAGAAAGCUAUCACACAGAUUUUAUGCACAAACUUACUGUUUCUCAUGUGUGGAUACGAUGAAAGUCAACUGAACAAAACCAUGCUUCCGAUAAUCCUAGGCCACACACCAGCUGGUGCUUCUACGAGACAAAUGAUUCAUUUUGGCCAACUGUAUAAAUCGAAUAAAUUUGCUAAUUUCGACCACGGGUGGCUUAGAAAUAAAUACAUAUAUGGAACAUUUAAACCUCCAGAAUAUGACUUAAGCGCCAUUAGGACUCCAGUUUUCCUCCAUUAUGGAGAUAACGACUGGCUAUCAGCGCCAGACGAUGUUGACAAAUUAUUCCAUCAAGUUGGUUCCGUGGUAGGGAAAUACAGAGUGCCACACGACAAAUUUAACCAUUUAGAUUUCAUUUUCGCCAUUGACGCUAGAACACUCGUAUAUGAUCGUAUUAUAAAAAUUAUGUCACGUUUUAAUUAA